AUGAAGGAUUUUAUUUUGAAGUUUAAUAAUGUUCAGUUCAGUGUAGUAGUAAGCCUGAUUGCAAUAUCACUUAUUGCAGUAUUUCUCACUCUAUCUACAAUAGUUCUCGUGAUUGUUAAUUCUAUUUAUCUGAUUUAUUUUGUUAUUUACUUGACUGCUGGUAUUCUUCUGAUCAGAUCUGUCAAGAGAAGGACAUACGCAAAUAUGAUGUUCUACAUGGUUCUGCUUGUUAUUGGAAUAAUUGUUUCAUUUCUGCAAUUAUUUUCUUUCUCUCCUAUUGGAGUUGCUAUUGCAGUGAUCACAUUGACAUUAAACAUCUACAUCUUCAUUUGCAUUUAUUCCCUUUAUGACCUGUUCAGAAAUGAAGAAUUGAAUCGAAGGCAAACAACACAAGGGCAAUCUCAACAACCUUCUUCCUUUCAUACACCUACAGUUGUUUAUCUGCAAAAUCAAGAACCAAAUCAACAAACAGUAUUCCAACAUCCACCAACAGCACCUCAAUUAUCACCACCAGUCGUGUAUGAAAAAUAA